UGUUUUUCUUUGCCGUGCACGUGUUCUCGCGAGAAUACAGGUUAACGUUGAGCCGGUGAUUUCGCGGGAAUUGUUUCGUUCGCUCGCCGACAAGGAAAACAACGUGUGAUAUCUAUAAAUAUAACGUAGUAGCCGAUGUCAGAACGGUGAACAGUUGAAGCUUGACUUCCCAUCUUGUAAGGACAGUCAUGUUUUCCGACAUAAGCGCCCAGAAGGAGGCUUCCUCUCUGCUCUGCCGCCCUGCGUCCGAGGACCAGGGGCCGGUGUUUGAGAGGGUGUCGCCGGCCUACACAUCAUGCUCCGAGCGCUACAAAGUCGGGGAGCGGAGUUUCACUCGUCAGUAUGCUCAUAUUUACGCCGCAAGACUCAUGCAGAUGAGGCCCUUGCUGUCAGAGAGAGCCCAGCAGAAGUGGGGACCAGAUGUGACUAUCAGGGAGCUGUGUGAUCUUCAGACAGGGGAGCAGUGUUGCAUUGUGGGAACCUUGUUCAAGCGUAUGGAAUUGCAGCCAUCUAUCCUGAAAGAGAUCAGCGAGGAGCACAACCUGCUGCCGCAGCCUGCACGAGCAAAAUACAUCAGUGAAACAGAUGAGCUGAUUCUGGAGGAUGAGCUGCAAAGGAUCAAACUGGAGGGCAAAAUUGACAAAGACAAGUGUGUCACAGGUAGUGUUAUUGCAAUAUAUGGAGCCGAGAAGAAUGAUGGGAAGUUCACAGUUGAGGACUUUUGCAUGGCCGAUCUUCCGCUACAGACACCAAGACCUGCACUCAGCUCUGACAGGUUUGUGCUCCUGGUCUCAGGACUUGGUCUAGGCAGUAGUCAUGCUGACAGCAUGCUGGGGCUACAGUUGCUGGUUGACAUGGUAACUGGUCAGCUUGGUGACCAGGGGGAGCAGAGCGGGGCAGCAACAAUUUCCAGGGUCCUACUGGCUGGAAACCUCCUGAGCCAGAGCACCCAGGACAAGGACGCAUCAACGAAGCCUAAGUACCUUACCAAGAAGACUCAGGCUGGCAGUGUUGAGGCCAUUCGUCUGCUGGAUGAGAUGCUGUGUCAGCUGGUGGCCUCAGUUCCAGUGGAUGUAAUGCCGGGCCACCACGACCCCACCAACUACACCCUUCCUCAGCAGCCACUCCACCGCUGUAUGUUCCCUUUGUCCUCAGUGUACCCAACACUACAGUUGGUCUCUAAUCCACACCAAGCUAUCAUUGAUGGAGUGAGGUUCCUGGGCACAUCAGGACAGAAUGUCUGUGACAUUCAGAGGUACAGCAGCAUGGACAGUCACCUGGAAAUACUGGAGGAUACGCUACGACUCAGACAUCUAGCCCCUACAGCACCUGAUACUCUGGGUUGUUACCCAUUUUACCAAAAAGACCCUUUCAUCUUGGAGGAGUGUCCCCACGUUUACUUCAGUGGCAACGCCCCAACCUUUGAGUCCAAGCUCAUCAAAGGUCCUGAUGGCCAGGAAGUCCUUUUGGUGACUAUUCCACUCUUCAGCAGCACCCAAACGGCAUGCCUGGUCAAUUUACGUACACUUACAUGUGAGCCAGUCAGCUUCUCGGCCUUCUCCGCUGACGACGAUGAGGAAAGUGAGAUGAAUGUCAGCCACUGAGGAUCCAUAUCCACAUGCAGUACAACAUGCUGUCACUUCUUGGACACUAUUGAUGACUAUUCAGACUGAUUUCACUUGACCAGAGAGGAGUCACAACAACAUUGGACCAAGACAUACAGUUCUUUCUAAACUGAUGCUGUCUAGUAUCAUAAUGGUCAAUGGAAAGCUGUUAGAAUUUCCUUACAGGGUUACUUCUAAUGUUUCCUUUUACAGGGUGUUUUUUUUCUGUGAUGGGUAAACAGCGCUGAUAUUCCAGUUUUCUACUCUUAUAUCAGUGUUCACAAAGAUACUAGAAAAAGGAGACAAGCGUUGUGUAUUAAAAAGCCUUUAUUUGAAAAAUAACUCUACUCCAGCUGUGUCUGAGGCAACAUGAUAGAAGACUCCUUCUCUCCUCUGACUCUGUUAACAAGUUUGAACAAAU